AUGGGCAUUUGGAUCCUUCUCGGACUCAUCUUCUUUCUGCCGCUGGUCAUGUUCAUUGCCUGGAUGGCAUUGUCUUCCUGCUUGGGGGACAGCUUCCGAGCCAGCAUCGCCGGUGUAUCAUUGAAUCCGCGGCAAGCCUCCUUUGGUCGCAGCUACGCCAGGGGUCUGGGUUCUGGUACCGGCCAAGCCGGCUGGGAGCAAAUCGAGAUGGAAGAAAUGCUCGAGAACGCUGAAGACUCGGAUGAUGAGCGCUAA